CUGGCCUGACUCCCUGACUGACUGUUGCAUCCAGCACAAUUUGUCCCCAGACAGAAAACUCUGGCAAAACCUCAACCACAGAACAGCUCCUUGGCCCACCUGGGCUACUUACCCUGCCCCCCUCCUGCGUCAGAGCCAUGGGCCGGAGCCCAGCUCCCACCUGCCGCUCCACAGACCGCUGGCCUGGGACUCCCCGUGCUCCAGGGCCCACCUGGGUACGUCUACACUGCAGGUGCAAGCGAGCCGCCCAGCCCAGGUAGACAGCCAGACGCUAGCUCCGCUCCAGCUGGUGCACUGAAAGUAGCAGUGUGGACAUUGCAGCAGCUCAGACUAGCUACCAUGUUAGCUCUGGUACUUUUAGUGCACUGGCACGUCUGUCCAUCUGGACUGAGAGGCACGCUACCAGCUGCAGUGUAGAGAGACCCCCAGAGAAGCCAGCCAGCAACCCUUCUCCAGCUUCCCCUGGCAGCUAAGCUAUCCCCCUUUCUAAGAAUCCCAUGAAAUUGCAGAACUACUAACUGUAGUCUGUAACCUACCAUUUAAAUCAGCUUCCGGACCAGAUGACUGGAGAAUAGCUAAUGUGAUGCCAAUUUUUAGAAAGGACUGCAGAGGUGAUCCCAGCAAUAACAGGCCGGUAAAUCUGACUUCAGUACCAGGCAAAUUGGUUGAAAGGACAGUAAAGAACAAAUAUGCCAGACACAUAGAUGAACAUAAUUUGUUGGGGAAAACCCAACAUGGUUUUUGUAAAGGGAAAUCACGCCUCACCAAUCUACUAGAAUUCUUUGAGGGAGUCAACCAGCAUGUGGACAAGGGAGAGGUGCCACAAGUACUCCUGUUCUUUUUCCAAUGGAUAUAGUGUGCUUAGAUUUUUCAGAAAGCCUUUGACAAGUUCCCUCACCAAAGGCUCUUAAGCAAAGUAAGCUGCCAUGGGAUACAGAGGGAAGGUCCUCUCAUGGAUCAGUAGCUGGUUAAAAGACACAAAAUAAAGGGAAGGAAUAAAUUGUCAGUUUUCAGAAUGGAUAGUGGCAAAUAGUGGGAUCUGUACGUGGACCAGUCCAAUUUAACAUAUUUCUAAAUAAUCUGGAAAAAGGGGUAAACAGUGAAGUGGCAACAUUUGCAGAUAAUGUAAAACUACUCAGGAUCGUUAAGUCCCAGGCAGACUGCAAAGAGCUACAAAAGGAUCUCACAAAACUGUGUGACUGGGCAACCAAAUGGGAGGUGAUAUUCAAUGUUGAUAAAUGCAAAGUAAUGCACAUUGGAAAACAUAAUCCCAACUAUACAUAAAAAAUGAUGGGCUCUAAAUUAGCUGUUACCACUCACGAAAGAUCUUGGAGUUGUGGAGAGUUCUCUGAAAACAUCCACUCAACAUGCAGCAGCUGUCAAAAAAGCAAACAAUGUUGGGAAUCAUUAAGAAAGGGAUAGAUAAUGAGACAGAAAAUAUCAUAUUGCCUCUAUAUAAAUCCAUGGUACGCCCACAUCUUGAAUACUGUCUGCAAGUGUGGUCGCCCAUCUCAAAAAAGAUAUAUUAGAAUUGGAAAAGGUUCAGAAAAGGGCAGCAAAAAUGAUUAGGAGUAUGGAACAGCUUCCACAUGAGGAGAGAUUAAUAAGACUGGGACUUUUCAGCUUGGAAAAGAGACAACUAAGGGGAGAUAUGAUAGAGGUCUAUAAAAUCAUGACUGGUGAGGAGAAAGUAGAUAAGGAAGUGUUAGUUACUCCUCAACACAAGAACUAGGGGUCAUCAAAUGAGAUUAAUAGGCAGCAGGUUUAAAACAAACUAAAGGAAGUAUUUCUUCACACAACACACAGUCAACCUGUGGAACUCCUUGCCAGAAGAUGCUCUGAAGGCCAAGACCGUAACAGGGUUCAAAAAAGAACUAGAUAUGUUCAUGGAGGACAGGUCCAUCAGUGGUUCUUAGUCCGGAUGGGCAGGAAUGGUGUCCCUAACCUCUGUUUGCCAGAAGCUGGGAAUGGACAACAGGGGAUGGAUCACUUGAUGGUUCCCUGUUCUGUUCAUUCCCUCUGGGGCACCUGGCAUUGGCCACUGUUGGAAGAUGAGAUACUGGGCUGGAUGGACCUUUGGUCUGACCCAGUCUGGCCGUUCUUUUAGUUUUUAGACCCUUUCCAGCUGGGUCUAAUAAUUGAACAGGGCCAUAUGAUCAGCUGGGAGGGUAGCUGACCUGUCACCUGACCUUGAUGCCCCCUACAGGGCCAGCCAGCCUGUGACAGGAUCUGGCUCUGGAGAUUUACACCUUUGGGGAGAGCGAGACCGUUACCUCCUUGUCCGUAAGGGGGCAUAGGAGCCCCUGCUACCCUGCAGCUCAGAGGCUGGUGGUGGUGGCACCGGCAAAAAGCUGGGGAUUGCUCUUUUGAGCAGCUUUGAUGCAGCCCUUUCCCCCUGGGAAUUGCUUUUGCCAACAUUUGCUGAAUUGCAGCUGCCUCUGGGGUGGGGCACGGCAGCUGUUAACAGCCACAUGGAAGUCCAGGCCCUGAUCUACAGAGGUAUUUAGCCCAGUCCAGCUGCAGCUCAGUGGGGUAGGGGCGUGUUUAGAGAGGCAGGAUAAUUAUUUCAGUGGGCAUUAGCGCUGCAUCUGAGGGCUUUCUGCUGGGGCUAGGGGCAUGAGGCAUGGGGCCCAGUGUACGUACCUGACCCCCGGACUCUAAUUAUAAAUGGAAACUGGGCUUUAUGAGGAAGGUUCUGGGCUGGGAAUGGGCCUUGGAGCUGUUUGCUUCCAGAUGAGGGCCCUGGGCACUGAAAUUGCUGCCCAGCUCCCAGCAGGCUCUGAGCAGGCAAGAGUCGCUGAUACAGAACCCAGCAGGAUACACUGCACUCUGGGCUGAGCGCCAGCCCGCAGGCCAGGGGCCAAGGUGGGGAGCAGGGCCCGUGGGGGCUGAGUCUCAGGGUGGGAGCAGGAUCAGAGCAGGGCGCGGGGGAGUGCCACCCUCCUUCCCCGCUCUCCUUUUGCAUCCUCCGGCCGUUGACAGUGUCUCGGCCCCAUCCCACACAUGGAGCCAGCCAAGUCCUUCCCACCUGUGCUAGGCCUUGGGGGAGGGCCAGCUGGGCUCACACGCGUGCUCCAGGUGCUGGAAAAAGGACCAGUGGCUGGGAUAGGGUGAUCAUGCAUCCCUGGGCCCUCCGCCUGCUUCGGGGGCUGUGCCUCUGGCUGAGCCUGGGGCUGCCGGGCACCCUGAGCGGGAACCGGAGCUGCGUCUUCUUUGAGCCACCCCACAACCUGCAGGGAUCCAUGCGGCACCGAGGUCGUCUUCUGGGGGGCACUGAGCACAGCACCAUCCUUUGCCACUCCAGCCACUGCUGCUUCGGGAUCUGGAACCAAAGCCACGGCCAACUCCAAGCGGUGAUGCAAGGUUGCUGGGGCAGCGACCGAGAUGGCUGCGACUCCCCAGCCUGCAAAACCAGCCCCGUCCACACCACGGGGGCCAUCCUCCAGCGCUGCCUUUGCCGCUCCGACUUCUGCAAUGCCAACGUCAGCCAGCUUGGGGCCCCUGCAGUGCCACAAGCCUCAGCUGGGUCUGCUCCAACGGGCACCAUCUGGAUCGCCGUGGCCUGCUCGCUUCUGCUCUUCCUCGGCUGUCUGGCCUUCCUAGUGCUGAGAAGGAUGAAGGUCUGUGCAGUACUGCUGCGCCAGGAGGCGAGCUGGGAGCUGACCAAAGUCACCAUGGACCCCCAUUCCAGCUGUGAGAGGGAACCCCCCAGCCAGGAGCUGUCAGCGCUCCAGUUCCUCCAGGUGCUCCAGGAUGGGCGCUUCUCCGUGGUGUGGCAGGGCACCCUGCACCAGACGCCCGUCGCGAUCAAGGCCUUCCCCGACACCUGCUCCCAGCACUUUGCAGCCGAGUGGUCCGUGCACAGCCUGCCCCUGAUGGACCACGACAACGUGGCCCGGCUCCUGGCGGCUGGGCGAGGAGGGGUGCACGGGGAACAAGGGAGCCUGUUGGUGCUGCAGCUCUACCCAGCCGGUUCCCUGAGACACUUCCUGAGCCAACACAUCAGCACUUGGGACGGCACCGUCAGACUGGCCCUGUCGCUGGCCCGGGGGCUGGCCUUCCUGCACGAGGAGCUCUGGCACAAUGGCCUGCACAAACCCAGCGUGGCUCACCGGGACCUGAGCAGCCAGAACGUGCUAGUGCGGGAGGACCAGAGCUGCGCCAUUGGGGACUUCGGCCUGGCCACAGCGCUGCCUGCGCGCAUGGAGCAAUGGGGCGGCGGCCGCAUGGAAGCUGCUGUCAGGAAGGCAGGGACCCAGCGGUACAUGGCCCCUGAGAUCCUGGAUGACAGCCUGGACCUGCAGGUCUGGGGCCGCGCGCUGAAGCAGGCCGACAUCUACUCCCUGGCUCUGGUGCUCUGGGAGAUCCUGUCGAGAUGCUCAGGGCUCUCCCCAGACUGUGGGGUCCCUCCUUUCCAGCUGGCCUACGAGGCGGAGCUGGGCAGCAGUCCCACAUAUGGUGAGCUGAGGAGACUAGCCGUGGAGGAGAGGAGGAGGCCAGCCAUCCCCGACUCCUGGAGGGGGACAGGCCAGGUUUCCAUCUGCCUGCGGGAGCUGCUGGAGGACUGCUGGGACCCCGAUCCCGAGGCCCGGCUGACGGCCGAGUGCACCUGCCAGCGGCUCCAGUCCCUGGGAGCCGAGUUGCCGGCGGGGGUGUGCUGACCUGGCAAAGGGUGCUGCCCCGCUGUCCUCACCUGCCACCGGCCCACGGUGCCUGGGAAUGCUCCUUGGGCUUCUGGUUGGCGCUGAUGGAGAGAGAGGAACUCUGGGGGCAGGGAUGGUGCCAUGCCCGUGUCACGCCAGCUUUUGUCGGCGCUGUAUAUAAACACGGCUGGCUGGCCUGCACCCUGCUGCUGCAUGGCGUCAACCUGCCCAGCUGAGUCCCCCCACCCGGGCCAGAUUCGAACCUGCCGCUGCCCCCUGCUGGAUGGGGUCAGAGGUGCUGGAGUGCAUGCGUGAGCCAAUUGUCCCCUUAUGGAGCUGACACAGGUCUUGUCCAUACCCCCGGCAGGCAGGAGGGAUGUACGCCACGCGGCAUCCGGCAGGUGAGUGGGGUGCAGGCGGCUUGGCCAGAAGCUAUGUCUGCAUGGUUGCGGCCAUGGGUUUGUUCCCCAGAUCAAGGGAUCGAGCCCCAUUUCUGUUUGGUUGGCUGCUUGUGAUCAAUAAAUUGUGUGCCCUGUAUUCUGGGAUCAGUUCCAACCCCUUUGUGUCGGAGCAGCCUCAGGGCUGCUCUAACUUACACUCUGCUGCCAGGGGCUCCAGGAGGCAGGGAAUACCCAUAAUGCAGUGUGCUUUGGCCAUGCCCCCCCCAUAUGCUCCCAGACGAGGAGCACAGCCCUCAUGUGGUCAUGCCAGUCCCACACAGUUAUGCCAGCCCCACACGGAUGGGUGGGUGUGCAGCCCUUAAGUUACCCUCAUCCCCUUCAUGGACAAGCAUCACCUUACCCCUCCCCCCACAGAUAGGCAUGCACCUCUAUUCGCCCCCCAUAUAGACAUACAGACCAGACACGCACCCUCCCCCAAGACACACACACACACACGGCAUAUGCCCUCAGCCACUCACCCAUUGAUGGGCAUACACAGGUAUACACCUUCCAUGCACACACAUGCACAUAAUCCUGGGCUAUGUUGUUUACAUGCUGGAUAGCAGGACAAAUGCCCCCUGCCCCAAAGAGCUCACAGUAAUAGUAACAGCUCACAUAUUUGGGAGUGGAAACUGAGGCAAUGAGCAGCAAAAUGACUUGCCAAAGGUCACCCAGCAGAGUCAGGAAUAGAGCCUGGGUCUCCUGAGUCCCAGUCCGGUGCACUAUCCACUAGCCCACACUGUCCCUCAAAGCUUUUAAUGGGGGGUGCAGAUCUUGGCCAUGGGGAGCUGGGUGGGGGGACAAAUAGUGGCAUUGGGGGAUCAGGUUCAGACUCUUCUAUUCCCCGCAGACCUUAGAGUGAGUCGAGACUUGGCUAUGGCCUGGGAACGCCAGCUGGCUUGUGAUGGUACCACCUGUCAGGUGACUCCUCUAGGAACCCAUGGGGCACCAUGUGCACCCCCUGCCCAGCUGGCCCCGGGCACUAAAGGGUUGGUCUUUUCUCCUUACAUCUGGGAGUGGGCUAUGGAAGGAUCUUGCUCAGGAGGAACCUGGAGUUUACGAUAAUACUCUGCACUCACAAGUCCCGCAUCUCCCUCAUUUCACAGUAGGGGAAACUGAGGCAUGGAAGGGGCGGGGCAAGGGACUCACCCAGGACUAAAACCCAGCUCCCAGGCCUCUGUGCUAAGCACAGGGCAGCGCUGCCUCUGUCUGCAGGCCCAUGGUGCAAUGCCAGGUUUUGCUGAUCCGCUCUGUGCCAGCCGCCCCUCGACAGGGAGGGGCCAGGGGACACAGGCACCUGCCAGGUGUCACUCAGAUGGAGUGACAGUCCCAUGUUAUCCCCUGUGCCAGCUGCAGUGACUCUGGGAGCUGGGCUGCAGGCCCACUGAGCUCCUCCUCCUGGCUACUAGUGAGGACGUAGGAUGGUCAUGGCUCCCCCUCCUCCACUGCUCCCUUGCAGGGUAGAGGAGGCCAUGAUGUGAUAGGAGAGGGCCGCUGGAGGUGGCAGGUCCAGAGGAAGGAGAGAGGAGGAUUCUGGCUCUUGGGGAAGUGGGAAUCAGGGGAGAAUACAAUAGAUGAGAGAAAGGUUGGGACAAAGGGGGAAACAAUGGUCUUGUGGCUCGUGCCCGGGACACCUGGGUCCCAUUCCCAGAUCUGCUCCUGACUCAGCGUGAGAAUCUCCCAUCGCUUCCCUGUUCCUCAGCUCCCCCAUCUGGGAUAACAAUAUUGACACGCACACAAGGUUGGUGAAAGAGUCUUAAUUUGUUCUGCUCCGCGGUGCGAGGGGAAUCGGGAAUCCCCUCGGGCGCUCGGCCUGCAGAAAGAAUAUGUGAGGAGCCACGCAGCCCUGCCCAGGCCAUCUCUGAGCCCCAGACGGGGCAGAUGAGCUGCUUGCUGGGGUAGUUUGACAUUGAAUGUUUGUACGAGGGGGCUGGCUGGAAAUAAAGCCUGAGUAAUACAUCA